AUGCUGCAGAGGCAGAGCCGGGACCCCGCGGCCCAGGGAGCAGCUCUGCCCAUGGCUCACAAUGACUCUCGCUCCUUCCUCAACCUGUCCCAGCUGGUGCUCUCUGCUGGCCAAAUCAAACCAUCGCCGGCGCUCAAGCAUUCGAAAAUCACCUACUUUGAAGUAGAGAUUGUUGAUGUGCAGAGCAAGAGGCAGAUCUGCAUUGUGGACAAGGUACCUCCAGCAUCUACCGUUCUUGAUGUGAAACACAAAUUCCACAAAGCAUGUCCCCAGUGGUACCCAUCCCGUGUUGGUCUGCAACUGGAACACAACGGGCCCUUUUUGAAGGAUUCCAUCAGCAUCCAAAGCCUUGCUGUCUCCUCCAUCAUUACACUGUACUUCACAGACCUGGGUCAGCAGGUUGGUUGGACCACAUUUUUUCUAACAGAAUACACCGGGCCUCUUCUCAUAUAUCUGCUCUUCUACAUUCGCCUCUCAACUAUUUAUGAUCAAGUGGAAAGCAGGAAGAACUUCCGCCACCCAGUGGUUCACUUGGCCUGCUUCUGUCACUGUUUACACUAUAUCAGGCAUCUUCUGGAGACAUUAUUUGUUCACAAGUUUUCGGAAGGGCACAUUCCUCUGAAAAAUAUGAUAAAGGGCUGUGCCUUUUACUGGGGAUUCACAUCCUGGAUCGCAUACUACAUCAACCACCCUCGGUACACGCCGCCAUCAUUUGGCCACAAACAAGUUUCUUACGCUGCUCUUGCUUUUCUGAUGUGUGAAGCUGGAAAUCACUUUAUCAACGUAGCUUUAGCUCACCAAACCAAUUCAGGAAAUAGAACCUGUUUUCCAAGUCCAACCUACAACCCCUUCACGUGGCUCUUCCUGCUGGUAUCCUGUCCCAACUACACAUAUGAGGCUGGGUCUUGGAUUAGUUUCACGGUGAUGACACAAACUCUGCCAGUUGGCGUCUUUGCUUUCCUGAUGGUCAUCCAGAUGUCCCUGUGGGCCCAGAAGAAACACAAGCUGUAUCUGAAGAGAUUUUAUCCAGAAGUGAGAAGAAAAGCAGCUAUGAUCCCCAUCAUCUUCUGA